CGAAAAUUUUGUAUUUGAAAAAGAAAAAAGUUGAUUUUUAAUUCUUUUAUUUUGUUUGUGGACGGGGGAGAAAUAAAGGUAAGACAUAUCCAAGAGAAAAAGAAAAUAAAAAUCUCAUCCAAAGAAUGAUGAUGUAUCUAGUUGUUUGUAUAGACCAGAUUCAAAAUCUCAUCCAAAGAAUUUAUAGGAAUUCAGUCAAUUGACAGUCAACGCUUCUUAAUCACCUCCUCCAGUCCUACUCCUCCACUUUCCCGACCGGACGCCAUGGCUCAACAAUCCUCUAAUCGGAAGCUCAAAAUCAUUGCCGGAGCAGACUCAUUCGGGGUCCCGCUCAAAGACGCUUUAGUCUCCCACCUCCGUGCCCUUGACAUCGAAGUCGAAGACCUCGGAACGGACAAAUACUACUCCGUCGGCGAAGAAGUCGGCCGCCGCGUCAGCCAAGCUUCUUCCAAUCCUGAUCCCUCGACCGAAACCCGCGGUCUCGUCGCCUGCGGCACCGGGGUCGGGGUCGGCAUCUUUGCCAAUAAAUUUCCCGGGGUGUACGCGGCCACUUGCCUCACCCCGGAUGAUGCCAUUAACGCGCGUUCCAUCACCAAUUGCAAUGUGCUCGCCGUAUCCGGCAUUUCGACUGAGCCCGAAACGGCGAAAAAGAUCCUCCACACCUUCCUCGACACUCCGUUUAAAUCCCCUUGCCCUGCGUCCGGUUCGAAUCCUUGGCCGGCCGAAAUCGAAUCGUUCUUGGAUAACUCUGUUUCGGAAAUGGCAUCAAUUGGGAAAUUAGACAGUAAUGGGGAUUUUGAGGUUCCAUGCUUGUUGUGCUCACUGGGGAAAGAACGCAAAGAAGGAGAUUUUACACCGGUGGAUAUAAUGCCCGGGGCGUCUAUGAAGAUCAUUAGGGAGAACCCCACAUCGGCCAUUGUUAGAUUCAAGGCUGGGUCAAUGGAGCCGGCGCAUCAUCAUACACACGGACAUGAUUUGGUGGUGAUCAAAGGGAAGAAGAGCGUUUGGAACUUGACUAAAGGUGCCAGAUAUGAUUUGGAGGCAGGGGAUUACUUGUUUACCCCUGCCGGCGAUCUGCAUCGAGUUAAGUAUCAUGAAGAUACAGAGUUCUUCAUCAAGUGGGAUGGCCAUUGGGAUAUUUUCCUGGAUGAGGAUCUUGCUGCUGCCCAUUCUGCUGUUGAAAAGGAGAAUUAACUUGGUGGGAAGCCAGCCCCAUUUGAUGCUGGGAUCAUGGGAAUUGUGGCGCCUUUGGUGAGUGUUUACUAUCUUCUUCAUGGAAUUUGCUUGCUGGAGAAGUGAUAAUAUGUUUCUUUUUGUCGUGCUUCUCUUCUGCGCUCUCCCAGGGUGCUUUUGGUUGAUCUUUUGCCACUGGUUCUGAUCCCUCACCAACUGAAUGCAAAUGCCAAAAUUAAUUAUGUGUUGUUAGUCGCGGUGUAUAAUUAUAAGCUAGGGCAGAAUUCAGAAAUAAAUUAUGCUUGAGAAAAUCUGAAGCUGGUGGUAGAAUAUUUAAACAUAGCCUAGUGUUGCUACAGUAUUUCCUGAAACAUAAUAGGUUUAGUUAUUAUGUUUAUUAAUCUUUUUGGAAUUAAGCUGAUUUGAAUAUAUAUAUAUAUAUGUAUAUAUAUAAUCUUUUCUUCAAAAAAGAAUUAAGUUGAUUGCAUGUAUCAAUAUAUAGGCCAGAAGUUGAAGUAAACCAAAAUGUGAAAAGCAUUAUCCUAGGGUGAGGAAUGACAGAUAAUUGGCAUUCGAGCAUCAUUGAUAUGUUGUGCUGAUGGUACUAGAUUGAUUUGAGAAGAAAAGACUUGCAGGAGUCCAAAGUUACACCAAAUUGGUGAAAAUAUAGCAAGAUUGCUAUGAGAGACUCAAACUUCGGGUAAAUGCUAAUCAACCAUUUAUGAGAAGCACAGUUGAUACAGAUUCUCUUUAACUUCAUUGUUUCUGUUUCGGGUGGUAAACUUUGGUGGCUAAACUUUGGCUUAAGAGAGAGAGAUGUAACUAGAAGCUAUUUUGGCUAAGAGUCAAUCUCGAAAUGGAUAUGCAUUUGAAAGAUAGUAUUUAUACACAUACUUGGUAGUUUUGGCAAAAAUAGACUCUUGGAAAUGUUGAUCCACAUAAUGUAGAUAGUUUUUGGAAGAGACUCUUGGAUAUGAUAUAGAGAAAACAAAUCCCUUUUGUUUUGUUGGCAUGUCUAAAAUUUCAUGUAUGUACAAAAAGAAGAAGAAUAAUGUUACAAAAUGAAAACACUUGGUAGAAAAACGAGGGAUUUGAGAAACAUACGAUCGCACUGCUUGACACAGAUAGCGAAACACUGGAAUGCUCUGGUACCCCUCUUUGCGCAUUCGACUGGGCAUUGACGGGUGCAAGGUGAAUCCGCUUGCACCGCAAGGCUUUCAACAAGAACAAGAAGAAGAAAACUGCAAAACACAGCUUGUGAUCUCUCCAUGUCCCCUUUUAUCUUCCUUUCCUGUAAUUUGUAUCUUCAGCCCCUUCUGGUAUAAUCUACCAUUGCAAGGAAUACUUGCUCUGGUUGGUGAGGUUUUAUAUCAAUGCCAGGGUACCGGUUACAUGAUGUCAAAUGCAUAUUUAUCCGAUGAGUUGGAAUCGAUUCAAGUUGUUUUAGGUGGUUGUUUUCUUUUCCCUUCUUUUUUUUUUUUUUGGUUUUUUAUUUUUCUGUUCGUUUUU